GAGCAUCCCGGUUCGUUACGUCACUCGAAGCGCCCUGGCUCGUAGGUCUGGCAAAGAGAGGAAGAAAACGACAGAAGUACUGUAAAACAGGGCUUUCCCCGCGGUUAUCAGCUCUCAAAGUGAUAACGGUCCGUCUACAACACUAGAUACAGGCACAGCCAUCUCACCAAACCGGACUAACCUCUUGUGAAAUAAGGAAUAUAACAUGACCAGAUUAAAUGGAUGAAACCAGUCACUCUUCAACACCCGGGAUCAUAUGGUGAAAAUGAAACGUCUGUUGUGCAGUUAAAAUAACCCAAAAAUAUAGAUCACUGACUCUUCGAAGAUUAACCAACAUCAACUUCUCAGUCCAUAUCGGCCCUCUUUUCUUGUCACGCCUGCCCUUGUCUGGUCAGAGCCACCAUGUACGGUAGUGCCCGAUCCGUGGGUAAAGUGGAGGGUAAUCACAGUGGCGGGAGCAAUCAGAGUCCCGGUCGUUCGCCCCGUCUCCCGCGCUCGCCCCGUCUGGGCCACAGCCGCACCAACAGCGCAGGGGGCAGCGGAGUGGGAAUAGGAGGUCCAGGGGGUAAAACCCUUUCCAUGGAGAACAUCCAGUCCCUCAACGCUGCCUACGCCACAUCUGGCCCCAUGUACCUGAGCGACAAUGAAGUGGUGGUAUCCGGCCCGGACCUGCCGAAGAGCACCAUGACGCUGGGCCGCUCGGGGGGCCGGGUGCCUUACUCCAUCCGCACGACUAUCAUGGGAUCCAGCCCGAACAUCGCCACCGGCUCCGCGUCCACCGAUUCCAUUGCUUUCGGAGACCACCAUAUGCCUUCCAACCUGGCGUCCACUGUGCCUCAUUCUCUACGCCAGGCGCGGGACAAUACCAUCAUGGACCUGCAGUCCCAGCUCAAGGAGGUGCUCAGGGAGAACGAGCUCCUGCGGAAGGAGGUGGAUGUGAAAGAGAGCAAACUCAGCUCCUCCAUGAACUCUAUUAAGACCUUCUGGAGCCCCGAGCUGAAAAAGGAGCGCGCACUGCGCAAGGACGAGGCCUCGAAGAUCGGCGUGUGGAAAGAGCAGUACAGAGUCGUCCAGGAUGAGAACCAGCAUUUCCAGAUGACCAUCCAGGCCCUCCAGGAUGAGCUGCGGAUCCAGAGGGAUCUGAACCAGCUGUUCCAGCAGGACUCCAGCGUUGGUCCCGGCGAGCCCCUGAGCGCCGAGCUGACCGAGGAGAAUUUCCAGCGGCUGCACGGCGAGCACGAGCGGCAGGCCAAGGAACUCUUCCUCCUGAGGAAGACUCUGGAAGAGAUGGAGCUGCGCAUCGACACGCAGAAGCAGACGCUCUGCGCCCGAGACGAGUCCAUCAAGAAGCUCCUGGAGAUGCUGCAGAGCAAAGGGCUGUCGGCCAAGGCCAGCGAGGAGGACCACGAGCGCACGCGAAGGCUGGCCGAUGCCGAGAUGCAUAUCCAUCACCUGGAAAGCCUUCUGGAGCAGAGGGAGAAGGACACGGUCUUGCUGAGGGAGGAUCUCCAUAGACGGUAUGAGGGUGCUCCUGAGUCUGCCAAAACCAAGGCCCUGCAGACUGUCAUUGAGAUGAAGGACUCUAAGAUCAGUUCUCUGGAGCGCAGUCUGAGGGAUCUGGAGGACGAGAUACAGAUGCUCAAGUCAAACGGUGCUCUCAGCACAGGGGAGAGAGAGGAGGAGAUGAAACAGAUGGAGGUCUACCGCAGUCACUCCAAGUUCAUGAAGAAUAAGGUAGAGCAACUGAAGGACGAGCUGGCGCAGAGCGAAGCGCAGGGCGAGGAGCUGAGAAAGCGGGCGGCUGAGCUGCAGCAAGAGGUCUCUUCCAUUGACCAGGUGAAGCAGGACCUGUCCCGGAAGGACACUGAACUCUUGGGCCUGCAGACGAAACUGGAGACGCUCACCAAUCAGUUUUCUGACAGCAAACAGCACGUCGAUGUUCUCAAAGAGUCUCUCACUGCCAAAGAACAGCGUGCUGCCAUCCUGCAGACUGAGGUCGAUGCUCUCCGUCUACGUCUGGAAGAGAAGGAGACCACGCUUAAUAAAAAGAGCAAGCAGAUUCAGGAAAUGUCCGAGGAGAAGGGAACGCUCAACGGAGAAAUUCACGACCUCAAAGACAUGCUUGACGUCAAGGAACGCAAGGUCAACGUGCUGCAGAAAAAGAUUGAGAACCUGCAGGAGCAGCUGAAGGAUAAGGAGAAGCAGAUGACCAGUCUAAAGGAGCGCGUCAAGUCCCUGCAGGCCGACACUUCAAACACGGACACGGCGCUCACCACGCUGGAGGAGGCCCUGGCUGAGAAGGAGCGUAUUAUCGAGCGUCUGAAGGAACAGAGGGAUAGAGACGAGAGAGAGAAGAGCGAAGAACUGGAGAGCAACAAGAAAGAGCUGAAAGAGCUGAAGGAGAAAGUCAGCCUACUGCAGGGAGAUCUGUCCGAUCGCGAGGCCUCUGUAUUGGACCUGAAGGAGCACGCCUCGUCCCUGGCCUCCUCUGGACUGAAGAAGGACUCUAAGCUGAAGAGUCUCGAAAUCGCUCUUGAGCAGAAGAAAGAGGAAUGCACCAAACUUGAAAAUCAGCUCAAGAAGCGCUCUGAGCUCAUGUCAGGCCAUCCCUUCAAUCUUGCUCAGUCAGUUGCGGUUGAGGCUCAGGUAAAUGCAGGACUAUCGGAGCGCAUUGCCACACUCGAGCAGGAGGUGGCGCGCUACAAGGAGGAUGCUGGGAAGUCACAGACAGAGGUGGACCGGCUCCUGGAAAUCCUCAGAGAGAUGGAGAAUGAGAAGAACGACAAGGAUCAUAAGAUCAACGAGCUAGAGAGUCUGGCUUCAAGGCAUAUGAAAGACCAAAGCAAGAAGGUUGCCAAUCUGAAGCACAAAGAGCAGGUGGAGAAGAGCAAGAACGCCCAGUUGAUGGAAGAGGCUCGUAAGAGAGAGGAUAAAGUCAGCGAGAGUUCUCAACAGGUCCAGGAUUCUCUGCAGCAGAAAGACGAACGCAUCGAGGAGCUGGAAGAGGCUUUGCGUGAGAGUGUACAGAUCACGGCCGAGAGAGAAAUGGUCCUGGCACAAGAGGAAUCUGCUCGUGUAAACGCUGAGAAACAGAUGGAGGAGCUGUUGGCCGCCAUGGAAAAGGUGAAGCAAGAGUUGGAGUCCAUGAAGGCCAAGCUGUCGUCCACCCAGCAGUCCCUGGCGGAGAAGGAGGCUCACCUGACCACGCUGAGGGCAGAGCGCAGGAAGCACCUGGAGGAGGUGCUGGAAAUGAAGCAGGAGGCGCUGUUGGCAGCCAUCAGCGAGAAGGACGCCAACAUCGCUCUUCUAGAGCUGUCGUCCUCGAAGAAGAAGAAGACUCAAGAUGAAGUGGCUUUGCUGAAGAGGGAGAAAGACCGAUUGGUGCAUCAGCUGAAACAGCAGACUCAGAACCGCAUGAAGUUAAUGGCUGAUAACUACGAGGAUGACCACCUCAAGGCCUCCAAAUCUGACCAGACCAAUCAUAAACCCUCUCCAGAUCAGAUUAUCCCCCCACUCAUAGACCUCAAUCAGAACCGCAGUAAGCUGAAACUGUACAUCAGCCACCUCACGGCCCUCUGCCACGAGAGAGACCCCCACAUCCUGCAGGACCUGGCCCCGCCUUCCGCAUACCAGCGCAGCCAACAGGACGCCUGGGAGGAGGAGCUUCAGAAGAUGAGCCAUGAACAGCUGGAAUCUGAGCUGGAGCAGUGUGAACGCGAGAGCGCCGAACUGCAGGAAUACGCAAACUCCGUCCUGCAGCAGAUCGCCGAUCACUGCCCGGACAUCCUGGAGCAGGUGGUCAACGCUCUGGAGGAGUCGUGCUGACUGGACCUCAGUCUUGCCCCCUCCUCUCCUCCUCCUUCUCCUUCCCUUUCUUCUGUUCAUUUCACAGGACGCCAGAACACAAACUCCCUCACCCUCACCCUCACGCACAAUUCAAAGGACUGACACAUACGGGAGAGACUGACAUCUCGCAAGUCAAGUGCACGCUUGGAUUGGCUUUGGGGUGUGGGAAUGGUGGGCUUUCCUUCUGCCAUCCCCUACCACCACAUUCAUCCUCUCUGCUCCUUCAGAAUCCGGUUUACGCUUACAUAAACACGGGAAAGAAGGAACCGAAAGGAGGAAAUGAGCAACAGAGAAGCUCAGUAUUAUAAGACAUGUUCACUUAUUUAGUCUAUCUCUGAAUGGCGUCCUGCAGGAGGUGGUUCUCUCUGUGAGGGGCAGGAAACAGGCUCCUUAUCUUGAUAUACACUAUUGCCACUGCUCUUAAAAGCUGCUGGAUUUUGAAACCGUUUUGAAGAAAUUUAGACACCCCCCCCCCCUUUUUUUUUUUUUGUAGAUGCUGACGUUAAAUUAUGGGUCAUUCGCGCAGGGCAAAACUCCUGCACUUUCAAACCAUCUGGUUUCACUCAAAACUUGGUUAAUGCUCCGGUUGUGCCAGCAGACACUCCGUGAGGACUUAAACAUACUUUUACUAUCGUAGUCAGUAGCGGGUUUAGAUUACUGCAGCCCCCACCAUCUGGGAAUUCACUAUUGACUUGGUUACUGGCCGAUUUUCUCCCAAAGUCGCGUUCAUAAAAGUUAUGAAACGGACAAUGUGGGUAAUGUUAUCCCGUAUGCACCUGUCACCAGCUAAAGAAACCACAGUCCUGGUUUGUGUCUGUUAAAGGUGAGAGGAAGAAAAUUAUUUGCCUUGGAAGUUGUAGGUUUAUUGCUGCUAACAUUUGUCUUUGCAUGUGGCAGGUUUGGUUUGGUUGUGUUUUUCUUUUUUUUUUCCCCCCGUCCUGAUGCCGAGGGCGGUAAAACAGUGGGUGUAUUGCCGACGCAGAUGUUGUGGACGUAGAAGUGCCUCAUCAUCAGAGAGCAGCUGCCACACAUCACUGGAAUAGGAAAAUAGGCACCUAUCACUCAUUCCAUACUCUGAAAACUAUGUGGUCUCACACUGGGUUUCUCAGUUCGCUCCCUUUUGAGUUGGAAACUACGGGGUUGUUCUUUUUUGAAUAAGAGUAGUUGUUUAUUCCACUCUCUCUUUUUUUUGUUAAACAAAUGCAACUUGUUUUUUUUUUUUGCGGUUGCUUUGAUAACAUCAAGCUUUGAGCGUCUCGCAUGUACCAUCAUGCUACUCUGUCUCUUUGCUUGACUUCAUACGAUCAUCCUCAGACCCGGGCGUCUCUGUUAGCACAGCCGGCAGGUGUAUCCUUUUUCACUUUAUGGUUAUAUGGGCCUGUAUCCGUUGGCAUCGGGUGUCCGUCUUUGGACGACCACAGGAGCGAUAAGACACAACCUCGUUCAACUCGACGGCGGUUGCCUCAUCGUGCGGAUCGGCCGAUGCUUUAAAGUCCAGAGUCAACUUCCCCUCCCGCUGCCCCUGUGGAUGACACUGGGCGUAACAUGCCCUCUGCUCCUCUCUCUCUAUAUCUCUUCAUCCCUCCCUCAUUCAUGCCUGUGUGUAGUUUAUGGCUCUGACCUGCUGUGCUGUGUUAGUCAUACUCCUCUCCGCACGAUAAGCUCCACAGACAAGACAAACAGCACGAGAUCACAGCGAAUAUAAUCAUCUCUCUCCCACACGCCACACCUCUCCUCAUGGCCAUUCUCACUAGCAAACAGACAUGUGAUUUUGGGCCAGAUUUGAUUGACCUCCGAGUCGUUCUGUGAGUCACAGGCACAAAUGUUUGUUUGUCUCUUGAUUUAGAUUUUGAAAGAAGAGUAGUUGGGUGAAUCUCAUGAAAACACAUUAAUAUUGUAAUUCUCAAUGGUGUUGCUCAUGAGAUUCUGAUUACAAAAAAAUACUCUGCAAAUCGUACAUUUUUAUUAAAUGAAUAUUCAGUAUUUUAUUUCAAUUAGCAUACAUUACAAUCAAAAAUUAAAACCAAAUUGAUGUUAGCAUUUUACAAUUUAAAUAUUUUUUGUCACAUUACAGUUUUUGUGAAAAUAUUCUUGAAACAAUUUUUUUUUUUUCUAUGUCCCUGACCGGUUUCGUGAGAUUCACCCAAAUGCAUUUAUAAGUAAACCAAGCUUAAUUUAUGGAUAUAUGAGGCCACUUUAACAUCAUAUUCCCACGCUUAUGUGGGCAAUGCCAAUAAAACGCCCGUUCGCGUGCCAUUCUCACCCCUGGCACUGUACAUCAUAUUGCAGUCAUAUAUAAUGCAUCUCUAUAAAGUAUUUUAUGCUCUUAAUUACCACUUUAUGAGGGCAUGAAUGUGACGAGCAGCUCUGUUGGGCUUUUAAAAUGAAGCAGCUGAUGGAUGAGGCCCAUCCUGUUUUUCAUCUCUAUCGCUUUCUUUCCGUCUGCUAUCUUUCACACACAAACACAGUUUUGAGGCUCAGUUAUCUGCACCGUGGCUGAAUCUCCUCGCUUAGACUAAACACAGAGCCUUCGCGCACACACUCGCUAUCACAGAAACGCUCUGGCGAUUUAUGUCCUUCAGUACAGGAGCUGGCCUCUUACCGCCGUCAGCUUAGAGCACUCCGGAGAAUUCCCUAAGAAAACAAAAAGAAGGAACGCUGUGAUAACCGGGAUCAGAUCAGAGAAAGAAUGACCCGGCGCUUUUGCAGAUGGUGUUAUUGUGUGUUGAGUGAGUGUCUCUCUGGAGCUCUGCUAUUUGUGUGAUUGCUGGUUAUAGGCAGACCUAAUCACACAGAGGAGCAUGGAAAUUCCCUGCAGACUUCGGAUCGCUCCGUAUGUUCGGAGGCUUCCCUGUCUCAGUGUGUGUGUGUUUGAAGAAGUAAAGAGAUCGACACCAGCGUUCUCUUGCUCUAGCUAGUCACCAAAGCUAUUCUGUAGCACUUUAUAUGAAGCCUGUAUAGAUCACAGUAUUUUGAAUGCUAGUGGAUUCACAAUAAGUUAUAACACUGCGUAAUGGUGCUUACACCUUUAAAGACUCUAAUGCAUUGUUAAUGCAAGCAUUAUAGUGCAUUAAAACUAGUCGUAAUUAUUCAUAAGUACAUUAAACUGUUAAGAACACUUUUAUAAUGCAUUGUAUAAGCUGAAUUGUUAGAUGAACAGUUUGUAUAAUGCAUUAUAGCAUGAAUUCACCCUAUACAGGCUUCAUAGAAGGAUAUUAUAUUUAUUUUGUGACCGUGAUGGUGCAUAGCUGCUUAUAGCGUACGUGGGUUUUUUUUUUUUCGCACACCACUCCUGUUAAUUUAUAGCGGAGCCGCUCAUAGGAUGUGGUCAGCUGACUUUCCAUAGCGUUUGGCUUUUUACGUCUACCUGGCUUGAAACUGUGUUCAGCCACGAGUGUGAAUGAGCAUGAGGUUUUGCUUCAUGUUCUAGUAUGAGCAUUUUUCAUCCUCAUUAAACUCAGCGAGGCAUGUCUGUGAAGGGUGAGAGAGAAAGAGCAAGCGUGGGACGGCCAGCCGCUUCUAAUGCGUAUAUUUUCCAGUCUCACAAUUUGCUGUCUAGAUUUUUAUUCAACCCGAUUUUGUCCUAUAACAUAGACAUUUAUCAAAAUGUCUACUUAAAUCCUUUUUUUGUUUUUUUGAAGUCUAUCCACGUCCCAUAAUUCUUAGCGUUAAUCAGUAGUGCUGCGUUUUCUCCCGAGUUUUGUCAUACUGAUGCUAUAAUCCCAUUUUAUUUGUUACUAAAGACAAAUACAUUGACUCAACUGUGAGAACACUGCUAGAGACGUCUUGUACACGCAUCCAGAAAUCUAUAUUUAUACAUAUGUUAAUGACUGAACAAUUUGCACAAGCGUCUGGGGAAGAGAAUAUAUAUCAGUCUGAACAAAAUGGCUGUCUGCCUUUAAAAAGAAAAAGAUCCAGAAACACUAACUUUUGUCUUGAAAUGAAAAUUAAAGAAGAAGCCUUUCUAAGUGUCAAAUCAAAGCUGUUAAUAAAGAUUUUCGAAAUGUGUUGUUGCUAUCUCCUCCGCAUCUCGCCGGGUUUUGAUUCCAACCGUACAGCUGUUAUUCUUUCCUGUUUGUUUUUGUUUUGCAGUCCUUGAUAGUGUGUGUGAUUGCAAUGUUGAAAACUGCAGCGUGUUUUUUUUAUAUUACAAAACAUGAAUGACUGUUCUCGAGGGCCGGAGAAACAUUCGAGGGGACCUUUGCUUGAGAACUGUGAUCCUAAUAGCACUCUGGGUUGCUGGAAAGUCAGUGUUAUUUUAGGGUUUAGCAUCGUUAAUGCGUUUUCAGGAGAUAAUAAGCACGUUGCGUUGACCUUUUGGCUCAGAUGAUCAGCAUCGCUCGUCACGAAGCCUCAUUCGUCGUUCGUAGUCAUUUAUUGCACGCGUAAACACACUCAGAUUUUUUAUGGCCGCCUAAGUAGAUUGCUUGUUAAAUUGUUUACUUAUUAACUCAUCUCGAAUUGUCAUUAUUUACCCAAACGGUCCGUCAACACGUCCACAUUUUUCAUGCGUUACUUCCCUCCACUUAGUUUGAUGGACUGAGACUGUUUAAAGCAUGAAACCACAUAAAACAUCCACUGAAGGAUUUGGCAAGUUUAUGUCUGACUUUCCGUUCUCCAUCUGAGCGAAUUCGGUGCCAAACGAAGCUAGUCAGCUCUAGAAAGUGCCACAAAUAAUAACUUGCCUGUCGUUCAUCAGCAACCAAAGCCAGGUCACGUGACCUUUUACUGUUUAUAUCGUGUUUGCUUUCUAUUUAAACCUUUAAACCUUAAUUGACACGAUAAGAGGUCAAACCGAGCUAGAUGAGACACCAGAACAGACGCCUUUGUAGUGUAUGAAUGAAGCAGCAUUAUUCACAAGGACCUAAUCUUCAUUCAAACUCAAUGUGGUAUCAGUCAUUGUUUAGACUGUUACAAACGUUCUGUGUGCCUAUAUAAGAGAAUAUGUAAAGUUGAGGUUGGCACUCGAUGCGGUAUCUUCUUUUUUCCUCUGGAUUUUGUCCUAAGAGAGUGUCAGACCUCAAUAUCACCCCGUUCAACAUGAUGUUCUCUUGGCUCCAGCAACCCUGCCUUCUGUCACAGUAAAGGUCUGUCUUUUCUAAUGAUUCAUGCUCCUUUUCUACACAGUACACUGAAACACUGUCAAGGAGGAUUCUCGCCCUUUCCCCUUUAAUUUAAUGAAGAAAAAUAAAUGGAAAUAUGUCAACUUUAACCCAAAGCUCGUCAUCUUUCAUGUCUGUUUUUUUUUUUUUCACAUUCACAAAAAAUACUGCCUUAUGUCUGUGUGGAAAGAUGAUUUCUGUAAAAUAGGAAAAAGGCCUAUUGUAUUCAGCUUUUUGCCUUUGUAUGUAUAUAAACUCUAUCAUUCAGUC